AUGCCACUAAUUGGCAGGGCUAUGGGUGAUUGGAUAUCGAGUCAUAAAUAUGGUUUCCCAGUCAAGGUGCAGCAAGUACGUACUAUUGGAGCAGAAUGUGGGGGGUCUCCAGAAUCCGUGUGCGACGAUCAGCCCCGCGCGGUGAAUAUAGAUCCUACGCAGUGCUCUAGCGUUGAAAAUUGA